AUGGCGGAUGAGACAGAUAUCCUGGCGAUAGGAUCACCGCCAGCCACCUCUCCAUCAUCCCAAACCAUUACGUUGUGGGCAGAGAAUAUCCAUUACAAGGUGGUGGAUAAGACCAUCAUCGACAAUGUCACCGUUCGGUGUCGAUCAGGCGAUUUGACGGUGAUGCUGGGGCCUAGUGGUUCGGGUAAGACGACCCUGCUGAAUGUGUUGGCGGGUCGUUUGAGGACUUUUGAUGAAGGUUCAGCGGGUAUAAAUAACAAGGUGAUUACUGAUAGUAUAUCGAAAUACCUAAUUAACUAUGUUAUGGCAACCGAUAGGCUUAACGAGUUUUUGACUGUGUACGAGACUUUACUUCAAACGGCCCAGCUGAAGCUGCCGCACAAGUCUUAUGAAGAGUGUCAAGUAGUGGUGGAGAAAUUAUUGGUUGAGUUACGUUUGGUCGAGUGUCGAGAUACAUUAAUUGGGGGCGUCUGGCGUAAGGGUAUUAGCAAGGGACAGAUGAAGCGUGUAUGUAUCGCCCAAGAACUAAUUGGUGACCCGCUUGCCUUGAUAUUGGACGAGCCUACUACAGGUUUGGACAGUUCAUUAAGUUAUGAGCUCAUCCAAAUUUUGAGCAAUGUCGCUAAAGAAAGGGACAUCAUUGUGUUAUGUACCUUGCAUCAGCCGAAUCAGAGGAUGUUCGAUGUCUUUGAUCAGUUGAUUAUAAUGGCUGAAGGUCGGGUUCUAUACCAGGGUCCGGCAAAGGCAGCCUUUGGAUAUUUUGUGAGUCAAGGUGCAAUAACUGAUCCAGAUGCGCAGUUUGACAGUGUUCCAGACAUACUGCUGGAGGUGGCCUGCAACAUUCAGCGAGACGAUGGUGGUAAUAAUGACGAAGAAGGUAUGCGUCAUGGGUGUCAUGCGUCCUGUCGUUCGCUCAAGUGGCAAGUGAAGACAUGGACGAGAAGAUAUCACCACGCUGGUGCGACGCAGAAUGAGAGAUAUGAAGAGUUGCCGGGAAUGGACAAGAUCCAGACUAUUACAGAUGCGCAGUCUUGGACAGCUCAGUACAGAAUCGUUUUCAUGAAAUAUUUGAAGACGAACUGCAGGAACCCACUAACAAUUAUGAUCAUUCUUUUAACCAACAUUGUACAGGCCAUUCUACUCGGAUGCUUAUUCUUCCAGAUGGAAAGUGAUGUCAAGACGGUAACAACUCGCCCAUUCAAUGAAUGGUCAAUUUUCCAAACCCCCAUGCUCUAUUACCUUGAUAAUGGCCUUACAAAUGAUACUGCCCACAAAGUCGACCCACUCCGGGAUAUGAUGGUCGGUGGCAUUGAUGGUCAGGGCACGAGCAUGGUCUUUGAUAUUAUGGCCAAUCCGGAUAUGGUGCAAUGGCUCUUUGAUUUUAUCAAGUGUUUCCGAAGCAACAUCCCUUACGAUACGUCCGGCUACCCCCGGUGGAACUUCGUCGACCCGGAUGACUCUACCACCACCAGUACCCCCAUAAUCAGCACCACCAGCAGCAGCAGCAGCAGCAGCAAGGUGGGAUUUCUGGACAUAGGACUGGACCAGUGCUGGAACUGGGAGAAUGCUUAUGAGGACACAACGUUCGGUGGGUGGUCACUGGAGCAGGGGGUUACAGCGGGAACUGCCAUUUUGCAAAUCAUUGACUCGGUUAUGGCUAAUGACGCGGCGAAGGACUGGCCGGACUUCCAAGCGGACCGGGAGAACCUCCUUCCUUUCUGGUACUCCGUCCAGACAAAAAUGGCACCAUAUGGCAACACUGGUCUCUGCUGCGCCGGAGACCCCUUCGGCUUCGCUGCCAUGGGGGGGGUGGUGUGCUCGAACGUUCUGGGCGACUACCCGCAGCCCACUUUCCCAGGACAUAUGUACUGGCCGGAGAACGCGGGUCAGAAGGUAAUCCAGUUCUUGCAACAGAAACCCGUGCUUGACACAGUUGCUAUGGUGGUUAGUCGUGUUCACUCCGACGUGGAAGCCCUGGCUGCCAAACGUAGGCUGCAACAAGACAAUUACGGAGGGAAGUUUGGCGGAGACAAGUACCACGAGUUUGGCGGAGAGAGGUACCACGAGUUUGGCGGAGACAAGUACCACGAGUUUGGCGGAGACAAGUACCACGAGUUUGGCGGAGACAAGUACCACGAGUUUGGCGAAGCGAGUUUGCGUGAGACAGGCAGCCGAAUUGGUGACGCGAUGAAGGCGGUGGCGCGGUCUGCUCCCAAACGAGCAUUGGGGAGUGGUUUGGGUGGAAUGGUUACGGACUUAGUGGACUUGAUCAUCGGCAAUCCCGGCUCCCCAUUAUACCAAGUAAUGGUUGCGUUUGCGGGUAUUAUCGAUAGGUUAUCGGCUAAGAAUUGUGGAACGGUUUAUUGUGAGUACUUGAGAGAGUUAUGGUCUACAGGUGAGAAGACAUUAAACGAUUUGAGUUCGACCAUUUUGACGGUGUUGAAUUUGUGUGGUACGAUCUUCUUCUUGUGUGCGAACCUUGGAUUUAGUUCCUACGAUGUCUUGCUGCAAUUCCCCAAGGAUCGUGCGAUCUUCAACCGAGAGCGCGCGAACGGUAUGUAUCGUACGAGUUCGUUCCUGAUGGGAAAGAUGGCUGCAGAGAUGCCCUUCCACAUACUGCCCGGCAUCACAUGGUCGGUUAUCUACUUUUUUAUGGUUGGUCUUGACUCCUCAGGCUGGCGAGUACCUCAGUAUAUCGGAGUUGCCGCACUCAUCUCUUUUACUGCCUACUCCAUGGGCUACUGUGUCAGCUCGGUCGUUCUGCGACUCGAAACCAGUAUCGUCUUCUCGCCACUCGUACUCGUCGUUAUGCUUGUUCUAGCAGGAUUCUUCAUGCGAGACUCAGAGUUCCCAGCAUGGGUCAACUGGGCCAAGUACCUUAGCAUAUAUCGCUGGGCAUACUUCGCUGUCACGCUCAUCAACUUCCCUCCACACGGCACCUUCGGAGCCAUACCCAACUCUCUAGCACUCAUCCUCGCAGGCGUCACCGACACCGUCCUCUACCACUCCUGUCUCUACAUGCUCUGCAUCUCGCUCGUCUGCCGCAUCGCCUGCUACUUCGGCCUCAAGUACCUACAUACCACGCAGGGAAUAGAAGCCUAA